UUCCUGGUUUAUUCAUGUUUGAUGGUGUUUACUGUUUUGUUUUCACUUCGACUUGAAAAUUACAUAGAAUGGAGCUACUGGGCAGUGUUUACCCCAUUAUGGUUUUGGAAAAGUAUGGUGAUAUUGGGUGCUACUGUCGGCAGUUACAUAUGGUGGAGGCAUCCACAUUCUCGAUUAGAAGGGGAUGCAUAUGUUCACUACAAAGCAAUGCUUAUUACACUUGCAUUACACUUAAUUUUACUGAUGUUUGAAUUGCUUGUGUGCGAUCAAUUGGAAUCCAAGAGACAUUUGUGGAUUUUAGUGUUCAUACCUUUAAUUUUUAUCUCCAUUGUGUCAAUAGCAGUAUGUAUCUGGGCUGUGAAACAUGACAGGUCAUUCGAACUUGAAUUGUUUUGUGCAGUCAACGUUUUGCAGUUCAUCUUUCUUGCCCUCAAAUUAGAUAAGUUUGUUUCAUGGAGUUGGGAAGUGGUGUUUGUUCCACUUUGGGCUCUUUUGUGUUUGUCCCUUGUCGCAGUCUUAUAUGCCAUAGUAUUUGCUGCUGUUUUAUUGAGGACACCACAAAUCAAUGCUAGACAGAGGAGAACCUCAUUAAAUUCGGCCUUAGCAUACACGUUUUUAGUUGUUCCAGUAUUAGUAUUUCAAGUGAUGCUAGCAAACAAAUUAGAUGGUGACCUUAAUGUUAGGUAUACGACAAUAGCGAUACCACUAUUACUGUCACACGUCACACUUAUUUGCAUGUCUUUUGGAGCUAAGGGAGGAAAUAGAUGGUGGUUUGGAAUCAGAAAAGAUUUCUGUCAUUUUCUUUUAGGGCUGUGCCCUAUUUUACAAGAAUAUGGGAACAUUUCGUAUCAACCUAGAAGCGCUCAAGAUCAACCAGAAUCCAUUGUUUUUGAGAAGAAUGGAAAGAACCUCAAGAAGAAUGAUUCAACAAAGCCUGUUGAGCCAAUAAUAUCCAUAGAUAUGCCAGAUUGAUUGCAUUGGCUGUAAAUAUGUGCAAAUAAAUUUAUAUGGAAUAAUCUGUGGGAACACAUUUUGUUCUCAAAAUAAAUUUUCUACUGUGGUUACUUCUAAGAUCUAUGAGUAACGAAAGGUGUGACAUAACAAACUUUCAAAAAGAAAUGAAUUCGACGACUUGAAGUUAAGA